GGAAGUGAUGCUGUCUGAAGGUGACAUCCUGUCCUGCUCUCUUUCUUCUGUCUUCUUGCUCCCUAUCUUGGCUUCCUGGUUUGAUCUUGCUCUUCUACCUAGUUUUUUAUGGGUUCCUGGCUGCACUCUUCUCGUUCACAAUGUGGGCUAUGCUUCAGACUCUGAACGAUGAGGUUCCAAAAUACCGUGACCAGAUUCCUAGUCCAGGACUUAUGGUUUUUCCAAAACCAGUGACUGCAUUGGAAUAUACAUUUAGUAUGUCUGAUCCAAGUUCCUAUGACGGGUACAUUAAAGACCUUAAGAAGUUUCUAAAGUCAUAUUCUUUAGAAGAACAGAAGAGUCUUGCCAACUGUACUGAUGGAGUACUUUUUGAACAGAAGGGUCCAGAUUAUGUUUCAUGUCAGUUUCCUGAUACCUUACUUCAAGCAUGCAGUGGUAGAAAUGAUCCUGAUUUUGGCUAUUCCCAAGGACAACCUUGUAUUCUUGUGAAAAUGAAUAGAAUAAUUGGUUUAAAGCCUGAAGGAUCACCAAGGAUAGACUGUCUUUCUAAGGAUGAAAACAUAGCACUUGUAUCAACUUAUCCUAAUCAUGGAAUCAUAGACCUUAAGUAUUUUCCAUAUUAUGGAAAGAAACUGCAUGUGGGCUAUCUACAGCCAUUGGUUGCUGUCCAGGUCUCUUUUGAAUCCAACAGCACCAAGAAAGAAGUGACAGUCGAGUGCAAAAUUGAGGGGUCAAGGAACCUAAGAAAUGAGGACGAUCGUGACAAGUUUUUGGGAAGAGUUGCGUUCAAAAUCACAGCUCGCACAUAGUCCAGGGUAGGAUGUCUCCGCGGGAUAAAUGUUGCAUCGUCCGUCUUCGUUUUGUGUCCGCUGGACCUGCCGUUCUAGAAUUCUGAGACCACCUAGGAAAAAGAUGGCGCUGCCUCUCCUGGGCGACAGCGUGUAGCGCACUUCCAGAUCCCAGUGUUCAGUGUCCUCCGAAGUAACUGCCUGCUGCUCUGCUGCCCUUCGAACCAGUGUCCAGUCGCCGGAUAGGGAGCGGUGAACACUGAUCCCGAGCGCGUGGGUGGGGUCUUGUCCUCUUUUGUAAAUGUGGUUUAAUUGCCAAGUGUCUAAAGCUUAAUGUGCUGUGCAGUGUAAAUAUUUCAUGGAUUUAACACUGGUUAACUCAUUUUGAUGCCGACAAAGUUCUGGGGUAAAAUGGUACCUGGCCAACAUGAAGUGAUUGUGGCUGCAAGAAAUGUGUGUGGAGAAGCUCUGUAUGGGAAGAAGAAAAAAGAAUAAAAGUGGAUCUGAAAGUGUUA